CAUUUGGUGCCUAAUUCCCGCUUUUGCUUUUUUUGCCGCGAAGGGGUGUUUCUGUAGUUUUCUUUUUGAAAACAAUUGAUGUUUUCUGGAGCUCCAUUACAAAAGCAGUAAGGCUAGUAAGAGGGUUGAAACCAGUUGCAGAAACCAUAGAGAGAGAGAGAAAGGAAACCAGAAAGGUAAGAGAAAUAGAAAAAGAAAGAGAAGCGUAAAGCCACAAAGGCUCAUUGGCUGAUCUCACAACAAGAAAAUGAAUAAAAAUAAAUAAAAUUAAAGAAAAGGAGGGAGAGAGAGGUCUCUCCACAAUAAUUGGCAUCAAAUGCUCAUAGGGAUUCGCACUGUUGCUGAAUUCCAAGAUCUGCACCACCUUCUCUCAAUUAUUUAAACCCUCGAACCUUUUCCGUCUCUGUUACCCGAUUGGAGGAGAUUUUCAGUAUAAAGAAAGAAGAGAGAGAGUGGGGGCCGGAGGAAGUCGGAACAAAAGGAAAAGGUGAACCAACUAGGGUUUCGUCGGCAGACCGCAGAAAGUUGAAUAGACAGGUAAGGGUUUCUUGGUCUGUUUUCCCCUCUCUCUCUCUCUUUCUUUCUCUCCCUCUCGAGACUACAUUUGUGGGGAUCAACUUGUUUAGUUUCAGACAGUUUUUGGUUCCAGGAAGGGAGAAUUGAGGGGUUUGCAGAUUUGGGUUUUCGGUUGGGGAGAGAGAAUUAGGAUUCUGAGGUUUGGGUUGGUGUUGGGGGGUGGUUUGGGUAUAUGUGGUGUUUGAAGGUGAAAGGUAGAUAGUUUGAGUGGUUUUGAGGUGGACUUUGGGAUUUGAAUUUGGGGUUUUAAGUGUGAAUUGGUUGAUUUCAGAUGGCUGUUAGAGCUUAGGUGUGAGUUAAGGAGUUAUUUUUUUUAUCGGGAUUGAGAAGUCCUUGAGGUUGGAAUUUGAAGAAGUGGGUUUUGAGAUUUGGUGGAUUCUAUCUUGGCAUUUUGGGAGUUUGGAUGCAAUUUUCUGGGGAGGAGGGUUUGCAGAAUUCUUUGGGUGUUACUAGGGCUGAAAUUCAGGGUCUUCCCUCGGAUUAAGGUGUUUGUGAUUAAGUUUUAGCAGCUGAGGUUUAUAUUUACAUCAUUUGAAGAGUUUUGGACUCUAAUUUGCAUUGGAUUGUGCUCUGUAGGGACGGAUUAGAAGUCCUUGUGUUCUAGCUCUGGGAUACCAGUGAAUAUUGCACAGUACCUUUGGAACUCUAGAAGAAAGUCCAGGGUUUGGAUUCUUUCGACUGCGGACUGAUGCCUUUUUAAACAAGCCCUGGUGAUUCUUGAAUGUUUCAGGUCUUAACGUUGGGCUAAUAUUGGCUUUUGAGUUUGGAUUUGGGGCAGUUGCAACAUUGCUGGAUUAUGAUGCUGUAGGGAGUUGGAGGUCUUGCGAUAAAAAUGGCGUCUGACCCAAACAUGGGUUUUCACCAGGAUGCAAUUCUGGCAUCUGCAUUAAAUUGCCAUGCAAUUUCGUUUAGCUCAGGUUCAAUGAAUAGCUCAUCAGGGAUGAUUUCCCUAGGAAAUUCUGCUGGGAUAAACAGUACGACUGGGAUGAUAUUGGCUGGUAAUUCUAGCAUGAUAAAUAACUCCUCCAUGAUAACUCCGGCCAGCAAUUCCUCUGGUGCUCUUCUUCUUGAUUCAGUGCCAGGGCUCAAGCAUGAUGUAGACUUGGCUGUUGAAUGGACUCCUGAAGAACAGUCUAAAUUGGAGGAAGGUCUUGUAAGAUUUGCUGAUGAACCAAGUAUUAUGAGGUACAUCAAGAUUGCAGCCACAAUUCCUGACAAGACUGUGCGUGAUGUUGCUUUAAGGUGCCGUUGGAUGACGAAGAAGGAGAAUGGUAAGCGAAGGAAACCUGAAGAACACUACAUGGGAAAGAAGAUAAAAGAUAGGAAGGUACCAGAAAUUCUUAUGGUGAUGCUUCUUCAGGAAAAAUUGGCAGAAUCUUCCUCGAAGGCAAUUUUAUCUCAAGCUCCACCACUAAAUGUAGCUGCUUAUUCUCAUGUGAUGCCUCAUAUUGACUAUCAUGAUCGGAUAUCUUGUGAAGUCCCAGCAGCAGGUGGUACAACCAGGCAUCUAUUGGAUGAGAAUACGAAUUUUUUUAGACAAAUUGCAGCUAACCUUUCAUCACUUAAGGACGACCAAGCAUAUUGGGUCCACAAGCACUUCAUUCGUGAGAAGUGUAUAGAUACAGGAGAACAUCGAUCUCUUCUGUUGCACAAGAAACAAUAUAGCAUCCAUAUUAAACGAUAUGAGAGCCAUGCCUGGAAUCAUGAGCCAGAUGCCACCACUGCCUGUGUCAAUCAAUGAGGAACUUGCAAAUAGCAUUCUACCAGCAACUCAGGCUAUGAUGUUUGGCUCUCCUGGAGGAAUUAACCUGAAGCAGGAGCCAGGAUGUUGAUGGAAAACUCUAGUUUAGGUUCAGGAUUUUUCUGGCCUGUGUAAGUACAAAAAUUUUCUUCUGUAAAUGCAUAAAAGAAGCUAGUAGGAGUCCUUUUUCCUUCAUGUACACACGUUACGCAACCAACAUGUCGGUUCCAUGAAGCAGAAAUUUGUAGAGAUCCCAUUUUUGGAUACUGAAUCAAACAUCGGGUAAAUAAAAGGUCUAUGCUGCUCAUCUCGGGCUCACGGUAGUUUUUAUCCAGGCCUUUUCUAUCUUUCCUGUAAACUAUUGAUCCUGAUUUUACUUCUUGUGUACUAAAUUUAUGAGUCAGGAGAUAUCCUCAUUUGGUUCA